AACAUAGAGAAAAAACUGAAGCACCUCCCGGAAUAAAGAAUAAAUCCAAGAAGACGCCUACAUUCCGAAAGUCAAAAUCAUAAAACUUGAAGAAGUAUUCCGGAAAGACAACCAAUAGAAGAUAAAAGAAACAUAAAAAUUCUUAAAAGAAAAUGAUUGAAAAGCCAGUGCACCCAAAAGCCCAUCUCGGCAGUGCGAUUAUAUCUUGCAUUUUAAGUUUAGUCAUUUAUGGCACCCUACGCUUUUAUGCCGAAUGGUUUACAUCCACCCAAUUGACCACAAUAUUUGGUGGUUUCGUCAGCUCUUGGCUUUUCCUCUUUAGUUUAACAUCUUUGUCCAAUGUGGAAAUGUUAGUGUUUGGUGAUGAUUUUGCCUCCAAGUUUAUACCCGAAAUUCUAAUAUGUUUGAUAAUGUCUGUGUUGGCAGCCGGUGUGGUGCACCGGGUCUGUGCCACAACAUGCAUUUUAUUUUCAAUUUUGGCCUUAUAUUUUGUGGAUCGCAUUUCCAACGAUUGUUAUCAUAAGACCGCCAUUGCUCCAGAAGCUAUACAUCCCCGUAAAGGUGGUGGAAAGAAAAACAAAUAGGAUUUAUAUCUGUAAGCGGUAUCUCUUGAAAUCUCUCUUAUCUAUGAAAACAUAAAACGCGAAUACAUAUUUUUCUUUUACAUUUACUACUAGUAUUAACUACGAAUCUAGGAAACACUCUUAACAUUUGAAUAAAAUUUAAUAUAAAUUAAUGCUUUAA